GUGAUUCACACAUAAUCAUCGAGAUUUAUAUAGCAACAAACAAAAGUCUCUCCUUAGACAUGGAAUACAGAACCUUAGAACUCAACAUCAUAUCCGCCAAGGAUCUCAAAAAUGUCAACGUCUUCUCCAAGAUGGACGUGUACGCCGUCGUUUCGCUCUCCGGCGACCCCCUCCACCCGCAGGGCGCCACCACCCACGUCCACAAGGACGGCGGCACCAACCCCACGUGGAACUACCCCGCCAAAUUCUCCGUCAACGAGUCCCUGGCCAAGGAGAACCGUUUGUCCCUCGAUAUCAAGCUCGUCUCCGACCGCACCCUCGCCGGCGACACCGUCAUCGGCACCGUCCACAUCCCCCUCAGGGAGCUUCUCGACAACCCUCCCGAGGUAGGCCCCUUCCGCCAAGUCGGUUACUCGGUGAGGACAUCCUCAGGAAAACCCAAGGGCACCCUCUAUCUCUCCUACAAGUUUGGCGACCAGGUCGCAGCUCCGGCCGCCAAAUCAGCACCGAAGAAGGCAGGAGAAGAGCCUGUCAUGGCUUAUCCUCCUUCGGCCGCAACUGCGGCCGGAUCUAGUUCUGUGCCAUAUGCGGCACCGUAUGUUCCGCCGUCGCAGCAACAAUAUGCUGCGACGGCGGGAUAUGGGUAUCCACCACAACCAGCUGUUGGUGGAUACCAACAAACGGGUUAUGGAUAUCCACCACAACCCGGUUAUGGGUAUCCACCACAACAAGCUGGUUAUGGAUACCCACCCCAACAAGGUGGAUAUGGGUAUGCACAGGCGCCACAACGAAAGAAGAACAAAUUUGGAAUGGGAUUGGGAGCUGGAUUGCUUGGUGGUGCCUUGGGUGGCAUGUUGAUUGGAGAUAUGGUAUCUGAUGCUGCUGCUUAUGAUGCGGGCUAUGAUGCUGGCUUUGAUGAUGCUGGCUUUGAUGAUGCUGGAUUUGAUUUUUAAUUUUUGUUUUUUAAUUAAUUGACCUUCUUCUUUUUUUUCUUUUUUUUGGAUUUCACUGUUGCUUUUAAGGUUGCGUAAUGAUGUUCUAUGAGAUUGUCUUUUAGUAUUUGUUAUAUAUAUAGAUACCUCGUUACCUGACUUUGUAUUUAUAUGGUAUGACUAACAUACAGCUUGCGAUUUCCUUAA